UGUAUGAGCACCCAUGCUUGCAACGAUUUGCCUUCUGACGAUAAAAAUGAGUUGUACAUGAGAGAAGCGCUUUCCGAAGGUCGACAGGCUCUAAUACGAGGUGAAGUUCCAGUAGGGUGUGUGUUUGUCUUCGGAGGCGAAAUAGUGGCAAGAGCAGGAAAUGAAGUAAAUGCGACGAAGAAUGCCACGCGUCAUGCCGAGCUCGUCGCUCUGGAAAGAUUGUUUUCUUGGUGUGAGGAACGAAAAUUGGUGAACGAGGAUGUGCUGAAGGGAUUGUCGCUGUAUGUGACUGUCGAACCAUGCAUCAUGUGUGCAGCAGCCCUGAGAGACUUACAUCUACAGUCUGUGAUAUACGGCUGCAGGAACGAUCGAUUUGGAGGUUGUGGUUCUGUGCUUGACGUCGACUCAAGAGCAUUGAAUUGUCAUCUUGGACUCACCAAGUGCGGUGACACCGAAUGUGUAGAUGCUGUGGUGUUGCCUGUUUUGCAGUGUAAUGGAGGUGUGAUGGAAGGCGAUGCGGUGCAGUUGCUGAAAGAAUUCUAUGAAGGAGAGAAUCCCAAUGCUCCACAGCCGAAGCAGAAGAAAGGGGCUACAAGGGAUCCGGUGUGAAUUCGAUGCAUCAAAGUGAUGUAUAUCAUAUCACAAUCGACUGUUUCAAUGUAUAAUAUAUAUAUACUAAUAUAUUAUAUACUUGCUGAUUAGUCCGUUUAUUGCAUGGGCAAAUUAAUUAAGUUAAAUUAGCGCAAAUUUCCGCGUGUACAUGUACCCCGUUGUUGGGCGGAUACAACACAAA